CGGGAGGAGAGAGGGAGGAAAGUAGAGCUGUGGGACCUGCGUGAAGAAAAAGUUUGCAAGUCCGGACAGAAGGGAAAAGUGCUCCCGAGAGAUCGGCUUUGGGGAGGGGAGGGGGGAGGGAAGAAAAGCUUCUCCUUUUUUUCCCCCCAAUUUAAAAAUUUAUUUAUUAUUAUUAUUAUUUAUUAUUAUUAUUUUUUUUUUUACCCCCGCUCAACUCUUAAAAAGCUUUCGUCUCACCUAAGCCCACGGGCCCAAUUGGGACACCCUCGCUGUCCGUCUCCGACUCCAGCUCUCUCCCCAUAAACCCUCAAGAUUAUGUCAGUUGGUCCGAGCUAGCCAGGGAUCUCGUGCGGGUGCUGAAGGAGCUGCGGGAGCCGGAGAAGAAUGCAACUGCGUGGAAUCAGCCUGGCUGCCGGCUUGUUCUUACUGGCCCUCAGUCUUUGGGGGCAGCCUGCAGAGGCUGCGGCUUGCUAUGGUUGUUCUCCAGGAUCAAAAUGUGACUGUAGUGGUGUAAAAGGAGAAAAGGGGGAGAGAGGGUUUCCAGGUUUGGAAGGCCAUCCAGGUUUGCCUGGAUUUCCAGGUCCAGAAGGGCCUCCAGGGCCUCGGGGACAAAAGGGUGAUGAUGGAAUUCCAGGGCCACCAGGACCAAAAGGGAUCAGAGGUCCUCCUGGACUUCCUGGAUUUCCAGGGACACCAGGUCUUCCUGGAAUGCCAGGCCACGAUGGAGCCCCAGGACCUCAAGGUAUCCCAGGAUGCAAUGGAACCAAGGGAGAACGUGGAUUUCCAGGCAGUCCCGGUUUUCCUGGUUUACAGGGUCCUCCAGGACCUCCUGGGAUCCCAGGUAUGAAGGGAGAACCAGGUAGUAUAAUUAUGUCAUCGCUGCCAGGACCAAAGGGUAAUCCAGGAUAUCCAGGUCCUCCUGGAAUACAAGGCCCAGCUGGUCCCACUGGUUUACCAGGGCCAAUUGGUCCCCCAGGACCACCAGGUUUGAUGGGCCCUCCUGGUCCACCAGGACUUCCAGGACCAAAGGGGAAUAUGGGCUUAAAUUUCCAAGGACCCAAGGGUGAAAAGGGUGAGCAAGGCCUUCAGGGCCCCCCUGGGCCACCUGGACAGAUCAGUGAACAGAAAAGACCAAUUGAUGUAGAGUUUCAGAAAGGAGAUCAGGGACUUCCUGGUGACCGAGGGCCUCCUGGACCUCCAGGGAUACGUGGUCCUCCGGGUCCUCCAGGUGGUGUGAAAGGUGAGAAAGGUGAGCAAGGAGAGCCUGGCAAAAGAGGUAAACCAGGCAAAGAUGGAGAGAAUGGGCAGCCAGGAAUUCCAGGUUUACCUGGUGAUCCUGGUUCCCCUGGUGAACCAGGAAGGGAUGGAGAAAAGGGCCAAAAAGGUGACAUUGGCCCAACUGGGCCUCCUGGACUUGUAAUCCCUAGGCCUGGGACUGGUGUAACUGUGGGAGAAAAAGGAAGCAUUGGUUUACCUGGCUUGCCUGGAGAAAAAGGAGAGCGAGGAUUUCCUGGAAUACAGGGUCCACCCGGCCUCCCUGGACCUCCAGGGACUGCAGUUAUGGGUCCUCCUGGCCCCCCUGGCUUUCCUGGAGAAAGGGGCCAGAAAGGUGAUGAAGGUCCACCUGGACUUUCUAUUCCUGGAUCUCCUGGACUUGAUGGACAGCCUGGGGCUCCUGGACUUCCAGGGCCUCCUGGCCCUCCUGGCCCUCAAAUCCCUCCUAGUGAUGAUAUAUGUGAAGCAGGCCCUCCAGGCCCUCCAGGAUCUCCAGGUGAUCGAGGACUCCAAGGAGAACAAGGAGUGAAAGGUGACAAAGGUGAUACCUGCUUCAACUGUAUUGGAACUGGUAUUUCAGGGCCUCCAGGUCAACCUGGUCUGCCAGGUCUUCCAGGUCCUCCAGGAUCUCUUGGUUUCCCUGGACAGAAGGGAGAAAAAGGACAUGCUGGUCCAACCGGUCCCAAAGGAUUAACAGGCAUACCGGGAGUUCCAGGUCCUCCAGGCUUUCCUGGAUCUAAAGGUGAACCUGGUGACAUCCUCACUUUUCCAGGAAUGAAGGGUGACAAAGGAGAGUUGGGUUCCCCUGGAGCCCCCGGGCUUCCUGGUUUACCCGGUACCCCUGGACAGGAUGGACUACCAGGGCUUCCUGGCCCCAAAGGAGAACCUGGUGGAAUUGCUUUUAAGGGUGAAAGAGGCCCCCCUGGGAAUCCAGGCUUGCCAGGUCUCCCAGGGAAUAGGGGGCCUAUGGGCCCUGUGGGUUUUGGCCCUCCAGGCCCAGUAGGUGAAAAAGGCAUACAAGGUGUGGCAGGAAAUCCAGGCCAGCCAGGAAUACCAGGUCCUAAAGGUGAUCCAGGUCAGACCAUAACCCAACCCGGGAAGCCUGGUCUGCCUGGUAACCCAGGAAGAGAUGGUGAAGUAGGUCUUCCAGGUGACCCUGGACUUCCCGGCCAGCCAGGCUUGCCAGGAAUACCUGGUAGCAAAGGAGAACCAGGUAUCCCUGGAAUUGGGCUUCCUGGACCACCUGGUCCCAAAGGUUUUCCUGGAAUUCCAGGACCUCCAGGAGCACCUGGGACACCUGGAAGAAUUGGUCUAGAAGGCCCUUCUGGGCCACCAGGCUUUCCAGGACCAAAGGGAGAACCAGGACUUGGGCUACCUGGGCCACCUGGGCCCCCAGGACUCCCAGGUUUCAAAGGAACACUUGGUCCAAAAGGGGAUCGUGGUUUCCCAGGACCUCCAGGUCCUCCAGGGCGUGCUGGCUUGGAUGGGCUUCCUGGACCAAAAGGUGAUAUUGGGCCAAAUGGACAACCUGGGCCAAUGGGACCUCCUGGGCUUCCAGGGAUAGGUGUUCAGGGACCACCAGGGCCACCAGGGAUUCCUGGACCAGUAGGCCAACCUGGCUUACAUGGAAUACCAGGAGAGAAGGGAGAUCCAGGACCUCCUGGGUUUGAUGUUCUAGGACCCCCUGGUGAGAGAGGCAGUCCAGGAAUUCCUGGAGCACCUGGUCCUAUGGGACCCCCAGGAUCACCAGGGAUUCCAGGAAAAGCAGGUGCCUCUGGAUUUCCAGGUGCCAAAGGUGAAAUGGGUAUGAUGGGACCUCCAGGCCCACCAGGACCUUUGGGAAUUCCUGGCAGGAGUGGUGUUCCUGGUCUCAAAGGUGAUAAUGGUUUGCAGGGUCAGCCAGGACCUCCUGGCCCUGUAGGAGAAAAAGGUGGUAAAGGAGAGCCUGGCCUUCCAGGCCCUCCUGGACCAAUGGAUCCAGAUCUGCUGGGCUCAAAAGGAGAGAAGGGGGACCCUGGAUUACCAGGUAUUCCUGGAGUUUCGGGACCAAAAGGUUACCAGGGUUUGCCUGGAGACCCAGGGCAACCUGGACUGAGUGGACAACCUGGAUUACCAGGACCAUCAGGUCCCAAAGGUAACCCUGGUCUCCCUGGGAAGCCAGGACUUACAGGACCUCCUGGACUUAAAGGAAGCAUUGGUGAUAUGGGUUUUCCAGGCCCUCAGGGUGUGAAAGGGUCUCCUGGACCUCCUGGAGUUCCUGGACAACCUGGCUCCCCAGGAUUACCUGGACAGAAAGGAGAAAAAGGUGAUCCUGGUAUUUCAGGCAUUGGUCUUCCAGGUCUUCCUGGCCCAAAGGGUGAACCUGGUCUGCCCGGAUAUCCAGGAAACCCAGGAAUCAAAGGUUCUAUGGGAGAUACUGGUUUGCCUGGAUUACCAGGGACCCCUGGAGCAAAAGGACAUCCAGGCCUUCCUGGAUUCCCUGGAACCCCAGGACUUCCUGGACCAAAAGGUAUUAGUGGUCCUCCUGGGAACCCUGGCCUUCCAGGAGAACCUGGUCCUGUAGGUGGUGGCGGUCGUCCUGGGCCACCAGGGCCUCCAGGUGAAAAAGGCAGUCCGGGUCAAGAUGGUAUCCCUGGCCCAGCUGGACAGAAGGGUGAACCAGGUCAACCAGGCUUUGGAAUCCCAGGACCCCCUGGACUUCCAGGACUUUCUGGUCAAAAGGGUGAUGGAGGAUUACCUGGCAUUCCAGGAAACCCUGGACUUCCUGGUCCAAAGGGAGAACCAGGCUUUCAGGGUUUUCCUGGUGUGCAGGGUCCUCCAGGCCCUCCUGGUUCUCCAGGUCCAGCUCUGGAAGGCCCUAAAGGCGACCCUGGGCCCCAAGGUCCUCCUGGGAGACCAGGUCCUACAGGUUAGCUCUUUAACUCCAAAGUAGUAACUGCAUGAACUUUGAAACUUUUUUAUAUUUUUAUAUAUAUUUAUAUGUAUGUGUGUAUAUAUAGUUAUACAUAUAUACGUGUAUGUAUAUAUAUGUAUAUGUGUGUAUAUAUAAUUCUCUCUUUCUCCCUCUCUAUAUAUAGGUACAGAUAUAUAUGUGUACACACACACACACACACACACACACACAUAUAUAUAUAUAUAUAUAUACACAUAUAAUACACAUAUAUAUCUGUACCUAAUGCUUUCAAGUGUUUGGAUGUAUUUUAAGAGCAUAUAUGCCAAUUCAGUUCUUACAUGUUGGUCUAUCUCUGAAACUUGAAAGGAACUUGUAGACUCCAAUGUUUCUGUCUACUGGAGUAACCCAAAAUUACCUAGUUAGGAACAUUAAUUUAACAUUUUAAAAUUCAGAUGUUUUUGUCAUUUUUAGCCAAAAAUUUAGAGUACCCAAAAGUGUAUUGUAUGAUAUUUUACUUUUACCUUCAGAGUAGAGUGUAUUUCUUAUUUUUGUUUUAUAUCUGUUAAUGUAAAUGAAAUUGAGCCAUCCUUCACAAAGGUAUUCUUUUUUUUAAGUUUUAAUUUAAAUUCCCAUUAGUUAACAUACAGUGUAAUAUCAGCUUCAGAUACAAUUUAGUGAUUCAACACUUACAAACAGCACACAGUGCUCAUCACAUCGAGUACAUUCCUUAAUCCCCAUGACCUAUUUCACCCAUCCACCCCACCUCCCCUCUGGUAACCAUCGAAUUAUUUUCUAUAGUUAAGAGUCUGUUUCUUGGUUUACCUCUCUCUCUUUUUUUUUUCUCUUUGCUUGUCUGUUUUGUUUCUUAAAUUUCACGUAAGAGUGAAAUCAUAUGGUAUUUGUCUUUCUUUUACUGACUUAUUUUUCUUAGCAUUAUACUCUCUAGCUCUGUCCACAUCAUUGCAAAUGGCAAGAUUUCAUUCUUUUUGAUUGCUGAGUAAUAUUCCAUUACACACACACACACACACACACACACACAAACACACACACAUAUGCACCACAUCUUUAUCCACUCAUCAGUUGAUAGACAUUUGGGCUGUUUCCAUAAUCUAGCUGUUAUAGAUAAUGCUGCUAUAAACAUCAGGGUGCAUGGAUCCUUUGAAUUAGUAUUUUUAUAUUUUUUAGGUAAAUACUUAGUAGUUCAAUUGCUGGAUCAUAGGGUAGUUCUAUUUUUUCUUUUUGAGGAACCUCCAUACUGUUUUCCAGAGUGGAUGCACCAAUUUGCAUUCCCACCAAUGAUGCAGGAGGAUUCCCCUUUCUCCACAUCCUUGAAAAGGCAUUCUUUUUUAAGAUCCUGCAAAUUCGUGUUAUCAGAUCCUGCAAAUUCGCAGUUCUUGACUUGCCACAACUCUUGUAAUUUUUCAAAUCAUCUCAUCUUCACAUUUUGGCUUGUCACAAAGUUCUAAAUUCUACUGCUAUGAAAAUGGACUAAUAGGUAUGGAGUAAAAAAAAUUUCCUUACAACCAGCACAGAAUAGAAGCCUCUUAAUCUUAUUUUAACCAUACAUAUAAAAACAGUACACACCAAAGAACAGUUAAUUGCCAGAAGUUGUCCAAUGGAAAAUUGCUGAUUCAUAGUGAAAGAUGUUACCCUAAUAGGGGUAAAAAGAACCACAAAUAUCUGAAUGUGUUUGUUAUUUCAAGAUAAAUAGGCCUUUUCAAAUUUCUAACGAGGAACUACAAGGGAGAAAGUGUAUUCCUGAGUUCUGACUACUGGCAAUGGCUAGAAAUUUAAAAUUCAUGAUUUUUCAAGUUUCUUUUUAGAAAGCCAUCUAUCUCUAUCUGAACUGAUUCCCCAGUAACUUACUCCUACUUGCUACUCAAUUCCUUCCGCAGACCCAUAAAUUCAUACAGCCAGAGUAUCUGAUGUAGAAGAGACCUAAGUUUUACACUUUUCAAAGAGAUAUUAUUCACCAGGCACUUGUUAAAGAUAGCAAUACAAGUUUUACUUAAGACAGUUGCAGUAGGGCACCGACAGUUGCAUUAGGGGAGACAGACUGAGCUCGAUUCUGCAUACAACAAAGAAAAAUGGGGAUUUAUGGUCAACCAGCAGAGUGAGGGAGUAAGUGAAUGAAAAAUUACUAGAAAGAAAUAUCAAGGGAAGGUAGAUUCUUGCUAAACUUGCCUUAUAGAAUCCUUACUAAAGUCAGGCCAAAGACUUAGACAUCAAGGUUGGGGGAUGGGGGGCUUGAUCAGAUAUCAACAGUGGGGUGACUCUCCCUAAACUGACAUAGCAGGGUUCUUGCUAAAACUAGACUCAGCAUACCAAGAACAGGGCCCAAGGAUUGAGGCCAGGUUGAGAAGAAGGCUCAGAGGAGCCUGUCUAAAGUUUAGUCAAAGAGAGAAUCUUUGUCACAUUUGAGAAAACAGAGGCCCAAAGAUGUCAAGAAGCUUGCUCAAGGUCAUAUGGUUAAUCGCUGGCAUAGCUGGGAAUCUGACUUAGAGCUUCCCAGUGCUCUUUCUGUUAAGUGUCUGCUUUACUAGUAACACACAUCAUCCUUCUACAAAGGCAGUUAUAUGGCUCAAUGCUUAUGAUCUGACUUUUUAUUCUAGUUAUAAUAGGUGAUGAAGCAAAAUGGACGCCAGGGUGGCUCAGUCGGUUUAGUGUCUGACUCUUGAUUUCGGCUCAGGUCAUGAUCUCAUGGUUCAUGGGGUUGAGCCCCACAUCAGACUCUAUGCUGAUGGUGCAGAACCUGCUUGGGAUUCUCUCUCUCUCUGCUUCUCUCUCUCUCUCUC